CUAAUGACGUCGCUAUCAUAUGACAACACCACAACAAAAAUGUCUGCCUGUUCCUCAGUGUGUUAACAGAGCUGUCAUUUCCCAAUUUAUUAUCGUUAGAAAAUAGUACGCAUUUGUUUUUACAAAAUCGUUUUUUAAGCAAACAGUUCUUAUUCAAACAAACGAUCAUGGAGCCGACCGCAUCUGGGAUCUUCUGCAAUAGGAUGCUCAGCAUGGUGAACUCUGAGGACGUGAACGCUAUCAUACAGGCUCAGAGACACAUGCUGGACCGGUUCGAAAAGACCAACGAGAUGCUGAUCAACUUCAACGGGCUGUCAAACGUUCGUUUACAACAGAUGAAUGAACAUUUCCUAACGCACACCCGCACUUUAAUCGAGAUGAAGAAGGACUUGGACAGCAUCUUUAGGCGAAUAAGGACUUUAAAGGGCAAAAUUUCUAAGCAAUAUCCAGAGGCCUUUAGGAACAUCGAUGAGUGUUCAAACAUAGAGGAUGAUGACGAUGAGUUUCACCCCAUCCCUCCAAGCGUGGCCACGACCAUCAACACCACUGCGACAUCUGAACAGAGCACAGAGUCAUGUGACACAAGCCCUGAUGUAUUAUCUCCCACCAUAAGCUGCUCUUCUGAAGACCCCUCUCAAGAGAACGAUGGCACACCAGCAUCCGAUAGUCCUGAACAGGCUGUGUUGCGAGAUGAGGGUCCAGAUUCAGCCGAGAUCUAGAAUGAUAUUGCUUAAAUUAUGUGAUCCUACAGCCGGUUGUGUGUGACGUUUACUAUAAAGAGGAUUGUUAACAUUUUGGUGCAAGGCACCAAUGUGGCCCUGUAGGUGGAUGUUAUUAAAUUGUCUGUUGCGUUUUAUAUGGUUGAAGUAGUUUUUCACCCAUAAAUGAAGAUUCUGUUAUUUACUCACUCUGUUGUUUUUUAUUUUUGUCACAAAAGAUGAGUAUAUUCUAGGAAUAUAAAUGAAAAAGUAUCAAGUUGUUCCAAACCUGAAUACAUUUCUUUGUUCUGUUGAACACAAAGAAAGACAUUUCAAAGAAUGUUAGCAACUGAGAAUGAAUUAACUUACAUAGAUGAAAAAAUGGAAAUCGUAGUCAAAGGUGCCUCAGAACUGUUUGCUUUGCUACGUUUUUCAAAAUAUCUCAAUUUUUGUUCAACAGAAUGAUAACAAUGUCCCAGAACUGCUAAUAUUCUUCCAAUAUUAUUCUUCGUUUUGAACAGAACAAAUACAUGUUUAUAGGUUUGGAACAACUUAGAAUUUUCAUUUUUGGGUGAACUAUCCAUUCAAGACAUUGUUUAAUAUCGUUUUUGAUGAGUGAGCUAUUUCUUUAAAAUAUUCCUGUGCUGAAAAUGGGAAACUUUGCAAGAUCAAAACUAUUAUCCACCAUGAUUGAGACGGUACUAUUCGCAGAAAUAAAAUAAACAUGUCAUAAAAUAAA